AAUCCACGACGCAAACAAACAAUCAAAGAGAGCAGUGGCUUUACACAGAAAAUAUAAAGAAGAGAAGCCACUCUCUCCACCCCGUUCCCCAUCGUUGUUCCGUCGGUUUAAGAGCGUUUGGUGAGGCAUAUUAUAUAACUAAGAAAGGAUGGCUAGCUUUUCAGGAACCACACAGAAAUGCAUGGCUUGCGAGAAGACGGUUUAUCUCGUAGAUAAGCUGACCGCUGAUAAUAGAGUGUUCCAUAAGGCUUGCUUCCGAUGCUACCAUUGUAAAGGCACUCUCAAGCUUAGCAACUAUUGUUCCUUUGAGGGAGUGCUCUAUUGCAGGCCUCACUAUGAUCAACUCUUCAAGAGAACUGGCAGCCUUGACAAGAGCUUUGAAGGAACUCCAAAAGUCAUGAGAUCAGAAAAGCCCAGCGAAAAUGAGAAUGCAAAGUCAGUGUCCAACAUGUUUGGUGGCACCAGAGACAAAUGUUCAGGCUGCACCAAGACUGUUUAUCUCAUUGAAAAGGUAACGGUGAACGGGAAUGCGUACCACAAAAGCUGCUUUAAAUGUAGCCAUGGAGGAUGCACAAUAAGUCCAUCAAGUUACAUAGCACAUGAGGGAAAACUAUAUUGCAAACAUCAUCACAUUCAACUAUUCAUGGAGAAAGGAAACUACAGCCAACUUGAAACUGAGCGCCAAAAGAACAAUUCAGCGAUAGCUGCAGCAAUCAAAUUAACCACUCCAAUGGAAAUUGCAGCUGAAUCAUAGCAUUAUAUAUAUCAUCAUCUCAGUACUGUUUUUAAUUCUAAUUCACACCUUGAAAAAAAUCAAUUAUAGUUGAAUGUUUGUUGCAAAAUUUGUGUUUAUUGUUUUCUCCAUUUCUUUAAAACUGGAUUAUUAUUAUUAUUAUUGUUAUUCUAUGUGAAAGGUCAGUUUGUUGAUGUUUUCACCA